GCUUCUUCCUGAGAUAUGCCAGUACCUCAGGGUCCUCUCAUGCAGGGGGGAAAUCCUGCAGAGGCCGGUGUCAGCUCCUCUCUCCUCACUCUCCCAGAUGGUCCGGACUGCAUCCUGGAGCCGCUAUCCCUGCCCGAGGGCGUGGGGUGCAGCGGCACCCCCGAAGGCUCGCCCUCUGUGCCCUGUAUCUUCUGUGAAGAACACUUCCCCACAGCUCAGCAGGACCCGCUUCUGAAGCACAUGAUUAUCGAGCACAAGCUCGUCAUAGCCGAUGUCAGGCUGGUCGCUGACUUCCAAAGGUACAUCCUGUACUGGAGGAGGAGGUUCAGGGAGCAGCCCAUCACCAACUUCUGCAGCGUGAUCCGAAUAAACUCCACUGCUCCGCUGGAAGAGCAGGACAGCUACUUCCUGCUGUGUGACGUGCUGCCGGAGGACCGGGUGCUGAGGGAGGAGCUGCAGGCGCAGAGACUGAAAGAAAUUCUGGAGCAGCAGCAGCGGGAGCGAAAUGACAACAACUUCCAUGGCAUCUGCAUGUUUUGCGAUGAGGAAUUCCUCGGGAACAGCUUUCUUCCUAGAUCUGUGCUAUUGAACCACAUGGCCAGAGAGCAUGCCUUCAACAUCGGGCUGCCGGACAACAUCGUGAACUGUGGUGAAUUCCUGUGCACAUUGCAGAGAAAGCUGGACAACCUGCAGUGCCUGUACUGCGAGAGGACCUUCAGGGACCGGAGCCUGCUCAAGGACCACAUGCGGAAGAAGCAGCACCGCAGGAUCAACCCCCGCAACCGGGAGUACGACCGGUUCUACGUCAUCAACUACUUGGAACUUGGAAAAUCCUGGGAAGAGGUUCAGUCGGAAGACGACCGGGAGCUGCUGGAGCAGCAGGAAGAGGACUGGUCGGACUGGGAGGAGUGCCCCGUCUCCGCCGUGUGUCUGUUCUGUGAAAAGCAAGCGGAAACGACGGAGCAGCUGUGCGCCCACAUGGAGCAGGCGCACGGAUUUGACCUCCUCAGAACAAAGGCAGAGCUCGGACUGAAUUUCUAUGAGCAAGUGAAGCUGGUCAACUUCAUCCGACGGCAGGUUCACCAAGGCCAAUGCUACGGCUGCUGCACCAGGUUUCCAUCUAGGGCCGACCUGGGUGCCCACCUGGCGGAGGCCAAGCACGCGGCCCUGCUCCCCGACAGGAGGACCUGGGACCAGCCCGAGUACUACUUCCCCACCUACGAGAACGACGGCCUGCUGUGCACGCUGUCCGACAGCGAGGGCGACCUGUCGGCCCCAGGGCAGAGCAGGGGCGUCACCGUCAUCAGUGAGGACACGUCCCAGCUCCAGGCGUUGAGGCAGAGCAGCGUCCUGAACCAGCUGCUGCCACGGGGCUGGGAGGGCUGACACGAGCGGGAGUGUGACCCGAGCCCCAGCCAGGGGUGCGUCCUGGCCAAAAUAAACUGAAAAAUGAUCUUUUACUCUGAAGUUUUACUAUGUAACCAGCGCACCUGGUCUCAUUUCAUUAGACCAAUUGUCUGUGAUAGGACAUGCACAUCACAAAGAAAUAAAAUGUUCGCCUGGCCGUAUGGCUCAGUGGUUGGGCCUCGACCUGUGAACCAGGAGGU